GCCCAUAGACUGUGGUCACGCCCAAUAAUUGGCCACACCUCCUUGCACCACACACUGCGUGACCUCUGGGACGUCUGACGUAAGCCGCGUUUUCUAAAGAUGGCGUCCGUUUCAGAACUGUAUGAUGUGACCUGGGAAGAAAUGCGAGACAAAUUGAGAAAGUGGAGAGAAGAGAAUUAUAGAAACAGUGAACAAAUCGUGGAUGUUGGUGAAGAAUUAAUCAACGAGCAUGCGUCGAAGCUCGGGGAUGACAUUUGGAUUAUUUAUGAGCAGGUGAUGAUCGCGGCGCUGGACUGCUGUCGGGAUGAUUUGGCUUGGAGCUGUCUACAGGAACUGAAGAGGCAGUUUCCAGGUAGCCACAGAGUGAAGCGAUUAGCCGGCAUGCGGCUGGAGGCUUUGGAAAGGUAUGAAGAUGCUAACAAGCUAUAUGAUGCACUAUUACAAGAUGACCCAACCAACACAGCCGCAAGAAAGCGCAAGAUUGCCAUUCUGAAAGCACAAGGGAAAAGCGCAGAGGCCAUCCGCGAGCUGAAUGAGUAUCUGGAGCAGUUCGUCGGAGACCAGGAAGCCUGGCAUGAAUUGUCGGAGCUCUACAUCAACGAGCACGACUAUGCUAAAGCGGCAUUUUGCCUAGAAGAGCUGAUGAUGACCAACCCCCAUAAUCACUUGUACUGUGAACAGUACGCUGAGGUGAAGUACACACAAGGUGGCAUGGAGAAUUUGGAGCUGUCUAGAAAAUAUUUUGCCCAGGCACUGAAGCUAAACAACAGAAAUAUGAGGGCUCUGUUUGGCCUGUACAUGUCGGCCAGCCACAUCGCCGCCAGCCCCAAAGUCAGCGCCAAGGUCAAGAAGGACAACGUGAAGUACGCCGCCUGGGCGGCUGCUCAGAUCAACAGGGCCUACCAGAUGGCCGGUCGUGGGACAAAAGACUCCAAGUGCUCAGUGAAAGCAGUGGAGGAAAUGCUGGAGUCCAUGCAGAUAACCAUGUCCUAGAGCUACGCCCUCCGCCCUCCCCACCCACUCCGAACCGGGCCCUGAACCACCCCUUCUCCACACACUCUUUUUAAUACCAUUAAAGUUGUAUGUAUAAUUUAAUUAUGAGCCAAGGACAGAUAGGUUAGAGGCAGAGCGUGUUGUGUAAAGUACGUAGCCGCGGACGACGUACGGUUCUGGUUGCUUUCACGCUCUGCUCUCCAACCUCGCUUGUUUAGCAGAAUAAACAAUUAUCGCAAUUAUGUUCACGGUGAUGUUCAGUGUAACCCUCGUCAAUAAGUUGUCACAAUAAAAUAUUAAAUUACUUCCA